ACGCGAGUCUUUUUUACAUAAAAAAAAAAAAAUUCAAAAACUUUUUUAAUUUUUUCUUAAAGCAAAUUAAAAUUAGCAAAAAUGAACUCAGCAAUGAUGACAACUUCUAAAUCAUCUUCUAAAUCAUCUUCUUAUAAUGAACCUUCUUUCUUACGCUCCAGAGCUUCUUCGUUAUCUGUUAAUAACUCAGAAUCUCAAAUCUUUUCUCAACAAUAUAACCCAAGAAUUCUUUUAUCUGCAUCCUUUAAUUACUUUGAAGAAGAAGAACUUGGUGCCCCAAUUAAUAUUUAUCAUGAAAAUAGAGGUCAUUUAGAAGAAGAUAAAAAAGCAAGAACCGAAUUAGAUACUGAUAUCUUAAAUAAUGAUUUAUAUUGUCCCGUACAACAACAAGAAACAGAAACCUCAACUUCAAGAGGUUUAAAUAUUGGAAAAUUCACUUCUUUCCUUCCACGAUUUUCUUUCUCUAAUAAUAAUAAUUAUGGCGGAGUAAUGGAUUCCACUUCCACUAAUAUCGAUUCUUGGGGUUAUCAUCAUAAUGAUAUGUUUAAUACUAAUAACAUGUUUGAUAGUAUUAAUGGUGUCGUUUGCAAAUAAUUUUUUUUAAUAUUCAUAUAUUAUAAUACUUUUUUUUAAGUUUUAUUCUCUUUUUUAUCGAUUUAGUUUAUUUACUUAUUAUUAUUAUUAUUAUU